UGUAGCAAGGUGUAUAUAAGUUUUUGUGUGAGAGACUGACUUGAUUUGUAAACUUUCAGUUAAAGCACAAUAAAAAUUAAAAAAAGAAAAAAUGAAAUGGAAUGCAUGAGCAUCGAUAUCCUAGGCAUUAGUGAACUGAAAUGUACUGGUAUUGGCCAUUUUGAAUCAGACAGUCAUAUGAUAUACCCUGCCAGCAGUGGCAACUUUAAGAGGAAUGGCAUUCAUCAUCAAAAAGAACAUUUCAAGAUCUAUCCUGAAGUAUGACGCUGUCAGGGAUAGAAUAUCCAUAUGCCUGCAAAGAAGAUCAGUUAAUCUGACUAUUAUCCAAAUUUACGUACCAACCACUAAGGCCAAAGAUGAAGAAAUUGUAGAUUUUUACCAACUUCUGCAGUAUGAAAUUGACAGAACAUGCAACCAGGAUCCUUGAAAAUUAUUGGAGAUUGGAAUCCAAAAGUUGGAAACAAAGAAGAAGGAUCAGUAGUUGGAAAGUACGGCCUCGGUGAUAGAAAUGAUGCUGGAAACUGCAUGAUAGAAUUUUGCAAGACCAACAACUUCAUUGCAAGUACCUUUUUUAACCAACAUAAACGGCGAUUAUACACAUGGACCCUACCAGAUGGAAUACAUAGGAAUCAAAUCAACUACAUUUGUGGAAAGAGAUGAUGGAAAACCUCAAUAUCAUCAGUCAGAACAAGGCCAGGACUGACUGCAGAACAGACCAUCAAUUGCUCCUAUGCAGGUUCAAGUUGAAACUGAAGAAAAUUAGAACAAGUCGACAAGAGUCAAAGUAUGACCUGAGUAUAUCCCACCUGAAUUUAGAGACCAUCUCAAGAAAAAAUUUUUUUUUCUUCAAGAAUAGAUUUGACGUGUUGAACACUAAUGAGUGAAGACCAAAUGAGUUGUGGAAUGACAUCAAGGACAUCAUCCAUGAAGAAAGCAAGAGGUCAUUGAAAAAGCAGGAAAGAAAGAAAAGAGCAAAAUGGAUGUCAGAAGAGACUUUGAAACUUGCUCUUGAACGUAGAGUAGCCAAAGUGAAAGGAAGAAAUGAUAAAGUAAAAGAGUUCAACAAAAGCAGCUUGGGAAGACAAAAUAGUAUAACAACAUAUGAAAAGACCUGGAGAUGGGAAACCAAAAGAGAAGAACAUGCUCUGCAUUUCUAGAACUGAAGAAAAAAUUCAAGCCUCAAGUUGCCAUAUUGAAGGAUUCUAUAGGGAAAGUAUUAAAUGACUCAGGAAGCAUCAAAAGAAGAUGGAAGGAAUACACAGUCACUAUACCAAGAAGAAUUGAUUGAUGUUCAGCCAUUUCAGGAGAGACCAUAUGAGCAAGAACCAGUAGUACUGAAGGAAGAAGUCCAAGCUGCAGUGACGGCAUUGGUGAAAAACAAGGCUUCAGGAAUUGACGGAAUACCAAUCGAGAUGUUUCAACAGACAGGUUCAGCACUGGAAGUACUUACUUGUCUAUGCCAAGAAAUUUGGAAGACAGCUACCCAGCCAAUUAACUGGAAGAGAUCUGUAUUUAUGCCUAGUCCCAAGAAAGGUGAUGCCACCGAAUGCGGAAAUCAUCAAACAACAUCAUUAAUAUCACAUCCAAUCAAAAUUUUGCUGAAGAUCAUUCAAAAGCGGCUACAGCAGCAUGUCGACAGGGAACUGCCGGAAAUUCAAUCUGGAUUCAGAAGAGGACGUAGAACCAGGGAUAUCAUUGCUGAUAUUAGAUGGAUCCUGGAUGAAAGCAGCAAAUACCAGAAGGAUAUUUACCUGUAUUUUAUUGACUAGGCAAAGGCAUUCGACUGUGUGCAUCAUAAAAACUUAAUGGAUAAUGUUGCGAAGAAUGCAAAUUCCAGAACACUUAAUUGUGCUCAUGAGGAACCUGUACAUAGAUCAAGAGGCAGUGUUUCGAACAGAACAAGAAGAUACUGCGUGGUUUAGAGUCAGGAAAGGUGUGUGUCAGGGCUGUAUCCUUUCAGCAUACCUAUUCAGUCUGUAUGCUGAGCAAAUAUUCCAAAAAACUGGACUAUAUGAAGAAGACUGGGGCAUCAGGAUUGGAGAAAGACUCACUAACAACCUUCGAUAUGCAGAUGACACAACCUUGCUUGCUGAAAGUGAAGAGGACCUAAGCACUUCCCAAUGAAGAUCAAAGACCAUAGUCUUCAGUAUGGAUUAUACCUCAACAUAAAGAAAACAAAAAUCCUAAUAAAUGGAGAAAAGAUUGAAAUCAUCAGGGAUUUUAUUUUACUCGGAUCCACAAUCAACACCCAUGGAAUCAGCAGUCAAGAAAUCAAAAGAUGCACUGCAUUGGGCAAAUCUGACCUCUUUAAACUGUUGAAAAGUAAAGGUGUCACCUUGAAGACUAGGGUGUGCCUGACGCAAGCCAUGGUGUUGUCAGUUGCCUCCUAUGCAUGUGAAAGCUGGACAAUGAACAAAGAAGACCGAAGAAGUAUUGAUGUCUUUGAAUUGUAGUAUUGGAGAAGAAUAUUGAAUAAACCAUAGAGUGCCAAAAGAGUGAACAAAUUUGCCUUGGAAGAAGCACAACCAGAAUGCUCCUUAGAAGCAAGGGUGGCGAGACUGCAUCUCAUGUUGGACAUGUUGUCAGGAGGGAUCAGUGCCUGGAGAAGGACAUCAUGCUGGGUAGAGUGCUAGUGAAAAACGAGGAAGACCCUCAACAAAAUGGAUUGACACAGCUGCUGCAACAACGGGCUUGAGUUUAACAACGAUCAUGAGGAUGGCGCAGGACAGGGCAGUAUUUCGUUCUGUCGUACAUAGGGUCGGUAUGAGUCAGAGUCGAGUCUGUGGCACCUUAAAAACAACGUGUUCUAGGUUCCUCCAUAUUACGGUAGGUAUCAGUACUUCAUUUCAUCUUCCAUCUUGUUGCUGAAUGAUAGGCCGUUGUCUAGACACCGCGUUCGUUUCGUCUGUUCAUCGGUUGGUGAACAUUGGAUUUGUUUCCGGUUUUUGGCUAUUAUCCAUAAUGCUGCUGUGACAUUUGUGUACAGAUUUUUGUGUAGAUGUUUUUAUUUCUCGUGGGUGUAUACCUAAUAGUAGAAUUGCUAGGUCAAAUGGUCAUUCUGUUUAACUAUUUGAGGAACUGCUAGACUGUUUAUCAAAGCAGCAGUACCAUUUUACAUUUCUAGUAGCUGUGCCGGAGGGUUCUAAUUUCUUUACAUCUUGUCAGCACUUGUUAUUUUCUGUCUUUUUUAUUAUAGCCAUUGGUGGGUGUGUUAAAUCUUGAAAUGUUGUUUUUGAUGAUGAACGUAAUACCACUCUUUAAUUUGUUACCAGCAUAGUAGUAGUAGACCAUAUGAGUGUUGGAGUCAAAAUGAUCAAUACCAGUCCAUUUCAGUUCACUAACACCUAGGAUAUGGAUCUUAAAUGAUUCCAUUUUGUUAAUGACAACUUCCAGUUUUCCUUGAUUCAUUUUGUAUGUUUCACAUUCCAGUUACUAAUGGAUGUUGGCUGCUGUUAUUGCUCAUUUUGAGUCGUGCCACAUCAGCAAAUGAAGGUACCAAAGGUUUCCCUACUUUGAAAGAACUCUUCGAAGUUUUAAAAAGCAGAAGUGUCACUUUGAUAACUAAGGUGUGUCUGAUGCAAGCUUUGGGCUUUUUAAUCACCGUCAUAUGCAUGUGAGGAGCCCUGGUGGCACGGUAGUUAAGAGCUCGGCUGAUAACCAAAAGAUUGGCAGUUGGAAUCCACCAGUCACUCCUUGGAAACCCUAUAGGGCAUUUAUUUCUGCUCUGUCCUAUAGGGUCACUGUAAGUUGGAAUCAACUCAGUUGAUUGUUUAUAUGCAUGUGAAAGUUGAGUAAUGAAAAAGGAAGACAUAAGAAGAAUUGAUGCGUUCAAACUCUGGUGUUGGCAAAAAAUACUGAAUAUACCAUGGACUGUCGAAAGAAUGAACAAAACAGUCUUAGAAGAGGUACAAAUGGAAUGUUCCUUAAAGGCAAGAAUGGCAAGACUUGGACUUGCUUACUUUGGACAUGUCGUCAGAAAAGACCAGUUAGAAAAGGACAUCAUGCUCAGUAAAGUACAAGGCCAAUGAAAAUCAGGAAAACCCUCAAUGAGAUGAAUUUAUCCAAUAGUCUCAACGAUGGACUCAAAUGUACCAAUGAUCAUGAAGAUGGCACAGGAUCAUGAAGAUAGUACAGGACCAACACAACAUUUUGUGUUGUUAUAAGUAAAGUCUUCAUGAAUUAGAGCUGACUUUAGGAAAAUGAACAACAACAGCAGUGAGCAUGAAGUGGUAUCUCAUUGUGGUUUUGAUUUGCAUCGCAUUGAUGGCUGAUGAGGUACCUAGUCGAUAGUCGCUGGUUCAAACAGUGGAAAAAAUAUGUUGGUUUUGACAGUUGGGACAAAUAUCAAAUGGGAGAUCAAAAUGUAUACCCUGGACCCAUUGAUAACUCUGGACUUCUGAAAGAUGGUGAUGCACAAUCACUUAAGGAGCAUCUUAUUGAUGAAUUGGAUUACAUACUAUUGCCAACUGAGGGCUGGAAUAAACUUGUCAGCUGGUACACAUUGAUGGAAGGUCAGGAGCCAAUAGCAAGAAAGGUGGUUGAACAGGGUAUGUUUGUAAAACACUGCAAAGUAGAAGUAUAUCUCACAGAAUUGAAGCUCUGUGAGAAUGGAAAUAUGAACAAUGUUGUAACUCGAAGAUUUAGCAAAGCUGACACAAUAGAUACAAUUGAAAAGGAAAUAAGAAAAAUCUUCAAUAUUCCGGACGAAAAGGAGACCAGAUUGUGGAACAAAUACAUGAGUAACACAUUUGAACCACUGAAUAAGCCAGAUAGCACCAUUCAGGAUGCUGGUUUAUACCAAGGACAGGUGUUAGUGAUAGAACAGAAAAAUGAAGAUGGAACAUGGCCAAGGGGUCCUUCUACUCCUAAGUCCCCAGGUGCAUCCAAUUUUUCAGCUUUACCAAAGAUCUCUCCUUCAUCUCUAUCAAAUAAUUAUAACAACAUCAACAACAGAAAUGUGAAAAACUCAAACUAUUGUCUCCCAUCAUAUACUGCUUAUAAGAACUAUGAUUAUUCAGAACCUGGAAGAAACAAUGAACAGCCUGGCCUCUGUGGCCUAAGUAACUUGGGAAAUACGUGUUUCAUGAACUCAGCUAUUCAGUGUUUGAGCAACACGCCUCCACUUACUGAAUAUUUCCUCAAUGAUAAGUAUCAAGAAGAACUGAAUUUUGACAAUCCAUUAGGAAUGAGAGGUGAAAUAGCUAAAUCAUAUGCUGAACUGAUCAAGCAAAUGUGGUCUGGAAAAUUUAGCUAUGUCACACCAAGAGCCUUUAAGACACAGGUAGGACGUUUUGCACCUCAAUUCUCUGGAUAUCAGCAGCAGGACUGUCAAGAACUGUUAGCUUUCCUACUAGAUGGACUACAUGAGGAUUUGAAUAGAAUUAGAAAAAAACCAUAUAUACAAUUAAAAGAUGCUGAUGGAAGGCCAGAUAAGGUGGUUGCUGAAGAAGCCUGGGAAAACCAUUUAAAAAGAAAUGAUUCUAUUAUAGUAGAUAUAUUUCAUGGCCUUUUCAAAUCAACUUUAGUUUGUCCUGAGUGUGCUAAGAUUUCAGUAACAUUUGAUCCUUUUUGUUACUUGACACUUCCACUGCCCAUGAAAAAGGAACGUACCUUGGAAGUUUAUUUAGUUAGAAUGGAUCCACAUACCAAACCUAUGCAGUACAAAGUGGUUGUCCCCAAAAUUGGAAACAUAUCAGAUCUUUGUACAGCAUUAUCGGCUUUGUCAGGAGUACCUGCAGAUAAGAUGAUAGUUACUGAUAUAUACAAUCAUAGAUUUCACAGAAUAUUCGCUAUGGAUGAAAACCUUAGUAGUAUUAUGGAACGAGAUGAUAUUUAUGUGUUUGAAAUAAACGUCAAUAAGACAGAAGAUACAGAGCAUGUGAUUAUUCCUGUUUGCCUGAGAGAAAAGUUUAGACACUCAAGUUACACCCACCAUACUGGCUCUUCACUUUUUGGUCAGCCUUUUCUUAUGGCUGUACCACGAAACAAUACUGAAGAUAAACUCUAUAAUCUCCUGCUUUUGAGAAUGUGCCGAUACGUCAAAAUAUCUACUGAAACUGAAGAAACUGAAGGAUCCCUACACUGCUGUAAGGACCAAAAUAUUAAUGGGAAUGGCCCAAAUGGCAUACAUGAAGAAGGCUCACCAAGUGAAAUGGAAACAGAUGAGCCAGAUGAUGAAUCCAGCCAGGAUCAAGAACUUCCCUCAGAGAAUGAAAAUAGUCAGUCUGAAGAUUCAGUUGGAGGAGAUAAUGAUUCUGAAAAUGGAUUAUGUACGGAGGAAACUUGCAAAGGUCAACUCACGGGGCACAAAAAACGGUUGUUUACAUUCCAGUUCAACAACUUAGGCAAUACUGAUAUCAACUACAUCAAAGAUGAUACAAGGCAUAUAAGAUUUGAUGAUAGGCAGCUUAGGCUAGAUGAAAGAUCUUUUCUUGCUUUGGAUUGGGAUCCUGAUUUGAAAAAAAGAUACUUUGAUGAAAAUGCUGCUGAGGAUUUUGAAAAACAUGAAAGUGUGGAAUAUAAACCUCCUAAAAAACCCUUUGUGAAAUUAAAAGACUGCAUUGAACUUUUUACAACAAAAGAAAAGCUAGGUGCUGAAGAUCCCUGGUAUUGUCCAAAUUGUAAAGAACAUCAGCAAGCCACAAAAAAAUUGGAUUUAUGGUCCCUGCCUCCAGUACUUGUGGUACAUCUCAAGCGAUUUUCUUACAGUCGAUACAUGAGAGACAAGUUAGAUACCUUAGUUGACUUUCCUAUCAUUGACUUGGAUAUGUCAGAAUUCCUAAUUAAUCCAAACGCAGGUCCUUGCCGCUAUAAUUUGAUUGCUGUUUCCAACCACUAUGGAGGGAUGGGAGGAGGACACUAUACUGCUUUCGCAAAAAAUAAAGAUGAUGGGAAAUGGUACUAUUUUGAUGACAGUAGUGUCUCAACUGCAUCUGAAGACCAAAUUGUGUCAAAAGCAGCAUACGUACUCUUCUACCAGAGACAAGACACUUUCAGUGGAACUGGCUUUUUCCCUCUUGACCGAGAAACUAAAGGUGCUUCAGCUGCCACAGGCAUCCCAUUAGAAAGUGAUGAAGAAGAUAGCAAUGAUAAUGACAAUGAUAUAGAAAAUGAAAAUUGUAUGCACACUAACUAAUGAAAGUCAUGGAAGCCAUAAAAGAGAGACUUUCCUGCUGGUGGUAUCUGUUGAAAUGAUUGAAGUUACCCACCACAUUAAAACAAGAAGUCUGAGAUGGGGAGUUUCAGAUAACCGAAUGUAAAUCCUUUAUCAGAUUUUAACUUGUGCAGUACUUGAAGUGAAACACAACGAAAACUUUAACGGAAAUUGUCUCUUAAUACAUUUACAGUCUUGUAUUUACAAGCUAAAUAUAUAUAGGAAAUCACAAAUAAACCCCUUUUAAGUUUGCUGCUGUUUUGAUGAAUUAUGUUUUCUUUAAUUUUUUGGAUGUGAGUUAACUGAUGACAAAUGUUAAAUUUGUAGAUGUUGGUCAUUUAUUUUGCUCUAAAAAUACUGCAAGAAAACUAUGGCUGAACUUAGUUUUUUAAUAACCUAAUUUAUGUGCAUUAGGCUGCCAUGUAUACUACUAUGAUAUUUUAGCUACAAUAUCCAUGUGGCAUAAAUACUGCAGUAGUAUUCUUGGAAAACCGAAUUUCAAGUCUAUCCUUGGUAAUCAGUGUGAGCCUAUUAAAAAACCAAAUCCUGAUAGAGGAAACAAUCUUUAAAAAGUUAUUUCCUUUUGUAGUAUCAUUAAAAAUCCAGAAUAUGAUGUUUAUCUUACUGCUACUGUGGAAACAGGUUCUAGAUUUCACCCUCCAUCUAAAGUCAUUUUUCAGUUAAAUGUAAGGUUUUUUUGUUUUGUUUUGUUUUUACUGCUACUGGGAUUUAUUCCUUAGACGUUCAAAUUCUUUUUGACUUGCUUUUUAAGAUGCAUAUCUUUAAUUUGAUGUUGGUCCAAAAUUAAAAUUUUCCUGUCUGUUUUUGUCUACCCCUUUUUUUGGUAAUUUGGCCAUUUUUAGCUCUCCCAAUUAUGUAAUAUAAGGACAGACAUAAUAUUCUGUGUCCAUAGUAAUAAUUGCAUCAAGUUUAGAUGACAGAUUUUUUGGCUUUUAAAUCAUUAAUGGGCAAUCGGCUUUAAAGGUAGGUCUGUAAACUUUCUUUGUGUGUUCCUGAUGGAAUUCACCAUAGCCUUACCGCUUUUCUCAGAAGAUAAUUUGUUGUAAGAGAGUUGGCAUUUGCAUGUUCCAGAGUCAGAACCUGUACAGUAUAUAAAGCAUAUAAACCUUGAAUUUGAUUUUAGUUCACCACAUUCAAGGAUCCAGGAUGCCAAAAAUAAUGUGUGAACAUUUGAAACAUUUUUCAUUUUGCUGCUUUUUCCCUUUGAUCUAGUUGAAAGAAUGUAUUGUCGAUUGGCAUACAAUACUGCCUUUAAUAGAAAAUCUAAAUGCUGGGACACAUUUCACAUAUCGACUACCUGAGAAAUGGCUUUGUGUCCCACUGUUAUUAAAGCAAAAAGUAUAAUGUUCUUCACUUGAACUAAUCAAAUACAAUAGAUUAUAAAUUGUGUAUUGUAAAUAAAAGUUCACUCUGUGAGUGCACAUUUUGGUAAAUUAUUUAUUUAUGUUAGCAUUAAAAAGAAAAAGAAAAAAAUGCAUUUGACCAGGAUAAAUGAGGUAUGUUGAUCAUGGCUUUGCUUUAUACCUUGGUAUUAAAGCUGGUUUUUCAUCCUGGUAUUUUAAAAGCUGCUUUGGGUUUUUUUCUUUUUUU